AAAAGCAUCCGAAGUUCUGGGAUGAAAACAGAAAGAGCGAAGCCUGGACAGUACUGUUUCAUUUUGUGUUCAGACUGCCAUGGACCUUCAAGGUCGGAACUACAUCGACAGCAACUGUCGGAGCAGAACGACCGUAUAUUUUGAAAACCACCUCCGACAAGCAGUGUGCAGAAUUUGAGCCUAGGCCUGCAGAUACAGAGAGGAGAGCGCAGUUCAAAGUCGAGACGAGAGCUUCUCUUUGCUUCAAAGGAGCGUCAAUGAAUGCAACACCGAAGCCUCGUGUCUGGAUCGUGACUGUACCAUUCUUCAGUCAUACUGUGGGCGCUACACAAUUGGCCGAACAAAUUGGCAGGCAUGGGCUGGCUGUCACUUUGUUCGCGCCCGACGCUUACAUAGAGCGAUUACUCACUUCUCACACUCGGAGGCAGAUCGAAAACUGGAAGGUCCAAGGUCUGGACAUCCAUCUCAAAAUUUUGCCAAUACAACCAGCUGUGAUGGCUGGUGGUGUUGGUGGACCACAUAGAUUUGUAGCCCCGAUUCAGCAGACAGAGGACAUUUUUGAGGAGAUUCUGAAAUCUGAACUGGAAGGGGAGUUCAGACCUACUUGCAUUGUUUCAGACCUGUCAGUGCCUGGAGUAAGGAAGGUGGCUACUCGAUUCAACGUUCCAUCGUUACCCCUCAUUACAGUCUCUGCGUCUUAUACAGCAGCCAACCUUUACAUCAAUCAGCUCGUGUCGAAGGGGAUUUUGAGCUUACCGGAUUCCAUCUCGGAUAAAAGAUGUGAGGAAGAACUCGUCAGCGUUCCCGGUCUGCCACUUAUAAGGAUGUGUGACCUAAGCGGGGUGAACUUCAAGGAAUACCCUUUGUAUGACCUCGGUCGCCGGAGUUUGGAAUCUCUGCUGAACUCUGAUAUGAUUAUUUUCAGCGGUUUCCGAGAGUUGGAUCCCAGAGGAUUCCGUGCAUUGGAGAAAGUUUUGCAGAUUUGUUCUGACAAGAACCGCAUAAAGAUGCCGCUCGUCUGGACCAUUGGACCGACGUACCUAAACCUUUCUCGCCUGAGGAGAUCAGAUGUUAAUGUUGCGGAAACUGGAGAUGAGGAAUUGCAUCCCUGCAUCGAGUUCCUCAACUCGCAAGCUCCAGCUUCUGUUUUAUAUGUUGCGUUUGGAACCGAUGUCAACCACUCCGAAAAGCAAAUGAGGGAACUGGCUUACGGACUGGAGAGUAGCCAGCAGCCGUUCUUGUGUGUCCUGCAUCCUCCCAUGAGAUCUUCGGAAUCAGACGAGCAGCAACGAGAUAUAUUUUCGAUUUUACCAGCGGAUUGUCUAUCACGUAUCGGAAGCAGAGGUUUGUUCGUGUCAUGGUCACCUCAAGGCGACGUUCUCUCCCAUCCAUCAACAGGAGGUUUUCUUUCUCAUUGUGGCCACAAUUCCAUGUUGGAAAGCAUGAGCAUGGGAGUGCCCAUGCUGGCGUGGCCUUGUAAAGGUGACCAAUUCGCGAACUGCAGGUUCUUAGUGGACGAGGCGCAUCUUGCAAUUGAAGUCUGCCCGAAUUUGCUUGCUGGCGGAUUCGUGGGCAGAGAGGAUGUGGAGAAGGCUGUGAAAAGCUUGUUUCACGGCGAGGAAGGUACUGCUGUGAGAGAGAAUGCUCGCCGGAUGAAGCUACUGGCUGAGGAAAGCGUGGGCGAACAUGGCUCCUCAAACAACAAUUUCCGGGACUUUCUUGCUCAUGUUGAAGCUGCUAUUGAUCUACAUCUUGAGACACCCUGAUCACCUUGAAUGGCGGCGUCUACCUCCAUAGAGCCUUCUACUGAGAAGCAGAGCAGGCACCGUGGCUAAUUGCAGGGCGGACAAGUUGGAAAUGAGCUCUAACAUGAGGAAGAAGUCUUCAGUAGCGCACGGUGUGCAUCGCAGUACGUAAGUUCACACUCGCCCACAGAUGCAGUGUAGAUAUGUGUAUAAAAUUUCCCCAGAGAGACUUAUACUCAUGGUUCAUAAGACUGUCAUGGAUCCACUGUGUUUCCAUGACCAUGGCGCGGAGACAGCAAUUUCUUUGAAUGCAAAUCUUCCAGCUCACUGUCACCGCGCUGCAAGACAGCGAAAGUGAUGUGACCCCGUCGUUAGCUUCUUGCAACUUUAGAAAGAAUAAAUCAUAAUGCCAGAGAAAUGCAAAUAUAUGGAAGAAUGUUCCAUUUGGAUUGAAAUUGGAGGUCGCACAUUAUGUGAUGAAGAAAUUUCGGUAGCAACGAAUUCAAAGGAUAGUCGAUGGCAUGAUAGCACGGUGUCUUCCAUUUGACCUGAGGUUCGCGCCGAAAGGCAUCGGACCCCACUACGUCUGCACUUCAGUCCUGUAGGACUAUGAUUUGUAAUGGCUAUCGUCAACUCUGUGCGCUGAUUUCCAGAUCGACAGGAGUCGCAGUAAUCGAUAAAAGCACUUCC